UAGCGUCCAUUUACACUGGAUUCCACGUGAUACAAAUGCAAAUCCAUGUGAUAAGCUUAAUGAAUAUGCUAGUUCAAUCUAUUCAGAGCUUGAAUAUCUUAAUUAUGCGGAUGUAAAAGCAUGUUAUGAAUCAACACCGUAUGAUAAGACAAAGGCGAUUCAGGUAAUAGAAGUAGUGAAAGAAACUCUUAAAGGAUUCUAUGCAUUGCUAGAUCAAGCAAGAGAAGAACCAAAACCUGGAUUUACAUUUAAGCCUAUUGAUCUAAUAUCUGAAUUGGAUUUGAUUUUAAAAAAAAAUUAUUCAUAUGAAUUUCAAUUCAUUUAUGAUGUUGCAGACCUUAUUGGAGAAUUAAAAGAUGGACAUACCAGGCUCACGUCUACCAACUAUAAUAAGUAUGCAUUUUAUCAGGGAUUGUCCUUGUAUUCUGUAAUUAAAAAAGAUGGCACGCAGCAAAUUAAAGUUUUUGAUGACGUAAAAGAUUCUAGCACUAUCGAUUGCCAAGUUACGCAUAUAGAUGACAAACCAGCAAUUGAUGUAAUUACUGAAUUUGCUAGGAAUAAAACAUUUUUUUCAAGAGAUUUAAGUGGUCGAUUUAAUUCAGCCCUCGCAUCACUUGGUUUUGGGAACGGAGAUUUUCAAAUGGCAUCGAUAGGACAAUUAUUCUCAAUUCGUAACCAAUUACCAAAAAGUCCGAGUAUUUCUUAUACGCUCAAUUGUAAUAAUAAAAUUUCUAAAAUUACUCGAGAAUGGCAAGUUCCUAUUAAACUUAAAUUUCCAUCACUUUAUAAAUAUAAAUCUCCAUACAUUACUGGGUCCUCAGUCGGAAAAGCAACAUUGAUUUUUGAUGCAUUCAUUGCUAGAUUUUAUAAAUUAGAAGAUUUUGGUGUGGUCAUAAUUUCAACUGAAACCAUUAUAAAUAAUGAUAAUGACCUUGAAUAUCACUUUCUAUCUAAUAUAGUUACUGGAUUUAAGAUGCUUGCAGAAAAAGGAAUAAAGAAGAUUAUUUUAGAUUUAAGUAACAAUAAUGGUGGCGAUGUCUUCGCUGCUCAUUAUAUAAAUAAACUCUUAUUUCCUAACAUAAAAAAUUUUCCAGUAGCUUUAAAGGUUAAUAAUAAUUCACUCCCAUUUAUAAACGAAUUUUCAAAGCUUAAGCUUGAAAAUUUAAUAGAUGUAAAUGCAAAUACAUUUGAUGGAGUUUUAUUUCAUUAUAAGUCAUAUCUUUCUACAAAGACGAAUUCUCAAUUUAAUAAUGUUAUGGAUUUUAUUGGAAAUAAUAUUUAUACUCGUGGUGGUGUCCAAGUUAAAUACACUACGAAAGCAUUUUUUAAUGAUACAACACUUUACAAUGGUCCAUUAGAACCACCGACACCUCCAAAAUUUCCUUGGACUGAGAAAGAUAUUAUAAUUUUAACAAAUGGAUUAUGUUUUUCAGCUUGUGCAAUUAUAACUCAAAGAUUAGCAGAAAUUAAUGUUCCCACAAUAUCUGUCGGUGGAUUUCCGAAUAAUCCAUUUUCUUAUGCUCAAUACGCUGUUGGAGCGGCAACAAAUACUAUUGCUAUGAAUUAUGUACUUAGAAAUGUUAAGAAUAUUGAUCCUUCUUUAAUUUCUAAAUUGUCUUUUCCUGCAAAUUUAACCUUGAGUUUUACCAUACUUGAAGCCUACAGUAUCAAUAAUCCAAAUGAAGUUAUGGACUAUUCUGUUAGACGCGCAAAUUAUCAAUUAUAUUAUGAUGAACGGAGUGCUAGGGAUCCGAGCUCUUUAUGGAUGCAGGCUGCAAAUAUAUUGAAGAGUAGAGCUCAUUAG